GUCAUCUCCAAGUCGAUUGUGUAUCAUUUACGAGAUCUAUAUCAUGAUAUGACUAGCCAGGGACUUUGGAAUCGUUUGAGGAGCUGUCUUUGUCGUGGCGAUUACGCAGACUACUAGCGAAACUGAAUAACUCCUACACGUGGUGUACAAGAUCGUGGAUGACUUGGUUUAAUUAAGUCGCAGAGGUGCGUGUACCUGGAACAGUAAGUAGUACUCGCCGUUUGUACCAUGUAAGUACCACAGCUAAGCAUGAGCCCACAUGUCAACAUCCUCAGGUUGUCUUCAGGGCGAUGUAACUUGCUCUCUGCAGUCCGCACAGACCAGAGUAUUACUGCCAUCAACACUGAACGCUGGCAGCAGCUGGAUGCAGUUUUGCAUGAGAUCUCAGGCCUCGAAAUAGUCAUGGACGGUAUCAAGAAUCUUCACCAUCAACUCGUCGAACAGAAGGACAAGAUUACCCAGUUCAUGGAUUUGCACAAGGGACUUGGUUCGACUCUCUGGCGUUUACCAACUGAAGUCUUAUCCCACAUUUUCGUUUGUUGUCUCCCGGAAGACGCGCAUUUGUCGCCCGCUGCCCGCAUCAGAGCUGGCCCCCAUGUUCGACCUCGAGCUCUUAUCUUCGUUCAAUCCCGUAUGAGCCUACUUGAUAAAUGUCAACAUCAACGUAAAUCAACCACAUACAUUGCUCCACUUGCUCCACCUAGCUCCCAACCUCUCCUCGAGCUUUUUGACGGUUGGCAUACCACCCUAUCCAAUACAGGUAUUGGAGCCAUUCACUCACACCAAACUUCAAUCCUUGCACAUUCCGGGGCUCGGAUACCCAUUAUGUGACCUGUUCAUUACUCUCUCACCCCCCAAUUUACGCGUACUCGAAGGUUGCAGAGUUCCAGCAUGGCCUCAUGAAGAGUUCAAGGCAUUCUUGGUACGGUCGAAUUGUGCCCUGGAGACCCUGAUUUUACGUUUUGGAGGGAGCAUGACAGACGAGCAGCGAGUGGAAUACAUUGCCCUUAGUCUUUCCGUGGAUCGUAUUCCUGAUUUGAAAUUUCCGGUGCCUGACAAUUGAGAAUGUACAGUGUAUCUAGCUAUUGAGAAUGGGUGGACACGGUGGGUUCUAAUGGGUAGAUGCUAUUGUGCUGUAUACUUGGUAGAUUGCAACAUCAUCCACAUUC